AUGGAAGAAGAACUACUUCUCGAGGCACAGACUUCACGACCACCAGCAGACCAUCGGGCUAGCGAAUCGAAUGCGGAAUCGAUAAGAUUGUCCUCUGUCCACCAGGAAGAGCUCAUAGAAGAUCAACUUUUCUGGGCGAUCUUAAAUCACGAAAAGAUAUGCCAACAAGUAACCGAUCUCACCAAGAUCUCCGAAAGCCUCACAGAGAAUGUCCGAGUCCUGAGGAGAGAAUACAAUGAGUCUUUUGCCGAUAUCAAACGAGUCGCCUUGAAAAUCAUACGUGGAAACGGCAACGAUGAUGAGCCGUCUGCUCCCGAUCACGAUCCUCAACCUGACACAGCAAGAGAGAAGGGGGCACCUUCCAUGGGGGAUCAUGAACGACAGGCAAACGUACAAAACGGAUCCAAUCACAUCGUUGAGGAGGUGGACCCGACAGAGUUGAUCGAGGUGUCGCAUGGCAAGAGAAUAGAUAUUCCAUGGCAGCCAGCUACACCCAAUACCGGAACCAAGAGCACUAGCAUCCCUAAAUCAGGGAAUGAGAGGUUACAGCCGCGCGUGGAAGAAGAAGAUAGCUGCAUAGAUAUUGACCAGGCCACUCAGCCGGACAGUGCCGAUGACCAUGCGAGCGAAUCUUUUGCGACUUCCGAUGAGCCAACCGACAUCAACGAUGUAGGUUCCUGUCUCGUGUACGAUACUACUGCUUUUGAUUUUAGCAACUCUGGUCUGGACUCAGAUUCCUCGGCAACAGAGCACAGAGAUGAUGACAAACAAUCGCAAGUGCUGCCAACCUCACCAACACCUCCAGGGGACUCGACCAAAAGACCGCCAAAGCGUUGGACGGAUGAAGAAGAAGAUUGCAUGAUCAGCAUAGUACGUACCUUGAUGAAUCAACUGGGGAAUAAAACGCCCAAAAAGACAAUGUGGGAGCUUGCAUCGGUGGAGUUGAAGAAGAAGGGCUUCAAUCGUCGUCCUGUCGACAUGAUGGCGAGAUGGUCCGCGAACACUCGAACAAAACUUGAAAAGAUGGGCCCCGGAUGGUAUUCCCAGGUGAUGAAGAAACGUCCCCGGGUCGAGAGAACGUCGGGACUACGGGCACAGUCGGGUGAAAGCGAGGAGUUGGGCACAAUCUGUCCGCGUGCCAAAAGGACCAAAUUCACGAAGAGACAACCCAAUCAUAACGAUACAGACGCCCCCACCGGGGAUCACACACAGGAUUCUCGCCGAGUCAAUGGCUCACAAGAUCAACCUCGUCUUCACUUAAAAAGAGGACAUGGACCUCUACGUCUUCGACUGACCUGGGGUCGUGCGUCUGGCGGCAUGGAAGAUCUGGACUGGUCACCAGAUGGAACACGAUUCGUUGCAUCCAGUAGAACCCUUGUCAACGAUGACCCGGAGCAAAAUUACCCACGAAAUCUCCUCUUGGGUUCCGUCACCGAACAAACAAUUAAGGAGCUUCCCGGUCAUCGUGAAGAGCGAUUCGACCAAUUAACACAGGGUCGCCGACGUCAUACCUACUACACUGUCUGUGCCGUCCGAUGGGCUAAAGGUGGUGAUCGUAUGGUCAGCGCCGGAUUUGACGGAAUGGUGCGAGUCUGGGACGUUCAGGAUGAUUCCAAGAUCAGAUGCACGGCGCGAAUACCGCACCUGGAGCCGGUAGCGGUUAUGGAUCUUUCCGUCGGCAAUAACAAUCUUCUAGCAACGAGCACAGAGAAAACUGGCGCUGACUCCAUCCGCGUGUGGAGGUCAGAUUCCGACUUCGAUCACUGGAAAACAGACAUCCGGCCGCUCCAAGGGCACGUUCAAAAUUUUGCCGGCUCUCCCAUGGCUCUCCAAUUUGGCAAGUCUCACGGGUUCCAAAACUGGCUGAUCGCCGGCUUUGCCGAAGAUGGCCCCAACGGCUAUCCAUCUCGCAAGGGCUAUUUGGGGGUAUGGCGAUUCGAUGAGGCCGGCCAUGCGCGCAUACCUUUUUCACCAGAAGAUGCGUCAGUUUUCGACGUGGCCUGGUCUGCGACGGAUGGAAUUUUUGCCGCUGGUAUUGUUCGUGACCCGGAGUCGAGGAAGGACAUGUCAGAAUCCUCCGUCGUCAAACUGUAUUCCACGACCAAUCUACAGGCAGUCGCCGAAUUCAGCUGUCCGGCAUUGGAUAUGAACGAUGUCACCAUUUGUCCCUAUCAGGAGAACUAUGUCACCGCCUCUUGCACAAAUGGUUCGACGUAUGUGUGGGACCAACGUCUCCCACGAGAACCAAUCCACAUUCUGUCUCAUGGGCCGUCAGUGUCGACGCGCGAGCCCGGCCAAGACCGGGAGCUGACAGAUGUUGGAGUAAGAUUCACUGAAUGGAGCGGCGAAAAUGAUCAAUUGUACACAGGCGGACAUGACGGUCGGCUCAAGCAAUGGGACGUGCGCCGUUCCCCAGAAGAUGCAUUGGUGAGGGAUGUGGACAGUGUGGGCAUCGAAAUCAUGUGUGGGCAUUUUUCCCCCGAUCGAUCAUCCUUGUUGAUUGGCGAUGAUGGCGGUUGUCUUCAUCUUUAUUCCAAAUCGAGAGUCCAGUUCCGGGUGGAGGAAUUCGAAUUCGAAGAGACUCAUUGGUGA